AAUAAAAUGGAUGUCAGGAUAUUUAAAGGGUUCAGUCUGUCCUCCCCACAUUUCCUGUGCCUUUCUCUAGUGCUAACCAGGAAUCAGGGUCCCCAGCAACAAUGCCACUGUUCAAAAUUCCAGCUAAAGAAAAACCAAUGGAUGAAGCAACACGAAGCUUUGCAGAAAAAGUUUUUGCUUCCGAAGUCAAAGAUGAGGGAAGACGACAUGAGCUUUCACCAUUUGAUGUGGAUGAGGCCUGCCCAAUUUCUCUAAGGGAGAUGCAAGAACACAUAUUCCAUCUGGAGACCUUAUCCAUCACCACUGAAGGGAAGAGGAAAAGGCGUUUCCAGAGCCGGAAGACAGUUAAUUUGGCUGUUCCACAGAGUGAAACAUCAUCAACUAAACUGUCCCAUAUUGAUGAGUACAUAUCCUCAUCUCCUGUCUAUCAAACUGUGCCAGACUUCCAGAGAGUACAGAUCACAGGAGACUAUGCCUCUGGGGUUACAGUAGAAGAUUUUGAAGAAGUCUGCAGAGGUCUAUACCGGGCACUAUGUAUACGGGAAAAAUACAUGCAGAAGUCAUUUCAGAGGUUCCCUAAGACUCCUUCCAAGUACUUACGGAACAUUGAAGGGAGUCCUUGGAAAGCGGAUGAAAACUUAUACCCAGUGUUUAUUCCUCUCCCGAAGAAAGGAGAAGACCCUUUCCGAAAAGAUGAUCUCCCUGAAAACCUGGGUUAUCAUUUCAAGAUGAAGGAUGGUAUCAUUUACUGCUAUGCUAAUGAAGCUGCUGUUGACAAAGAGGAGCCUGUGCCUCUCCCUUAUCUGAAUUUGGACAGUUUCUUAGAUGAUAUGAAUUUUUUACUUGCUUUAAUUGCUCAAGGACCUGUCAAAACCUAUGCCCACCGACGCCUGAAGUUCCUGUCAUCCAAGUUUCAGGUCCAUGAAAUGCUCAAUGAGAUGGAUGAGUUAAAGGAACUAAAGAACAACCCCCAUCGGGACUUCUAUAACUGCAGGAAGGUAGACACUCAUAUCCAUGCUGCUGCCUGUAUGAACCAGAAACAUCUGCUGCGCUUCAUUAAGAAAUCUUACCAAGUGGAUGCUGACCGAGUGGUCUAUAGCACCAAGGAGAAAAAUUUGACCUUAAAGGAACUUUUCACUAAACUAAACAUGCACCCCUAUGACCUGACGGUUGACUCUCUGGAUGUUCACGCUGGACGUCAGACCUUCCAGCGUUUUGACAAGUUCAAUGAUAAAUACAAUCCUGUAGGGGCCAGUGAACUAAGGGAUCUUUACCUGAAGACAGACAAUCAUAUUAAUGGAGAAUAUUUCGCUACCAUCAUCAAGGAAGUAGGUACUGACCUGGAGGAUGCCAAAUACCAGCACGCAGAGCCCCGGCUCUCCAUUUAUGGCCGCAGCCCAGACGAAUGGACCAAGCUCUCCUCCUGGUUUGUCAGCAACCGCAUCCACUGUCCCAACAUGACCUGGAUGAUUCAGGUUCCCAGGAUCUAUGAUGUGUUCCGGUCUAAGAAUUUCCUUCCAAACUUUGGGAAGAUGCUGGAAAAUAUCUUCCUGCCUGUGUUUGAGGCAACUGUCAACCCUCAGGCUCACCCAGAUCUCAGCAUCUUUCUCAAGCGUAUCACAGGCUUCGACAGUGUUGAUGAUGAGUCCAAACACAGUGGCCACAUGUUCUCUUCUAAAAGUCCUAAACCCCAGGACUGGACAAUGGAAAGUAACCCAUCCUACACAUACUAUGCCUACUACAUGUAUGCGAACCUCAUGGUGCUCAACAACUUGAGGAAGGCCAGAGGGAUGAACACGUUUCUGUUUCGGCCUCACUGUGGGGAGGCGGGGGCUCUCACACACCUCAUGACAGCAUUCAUGACAGCAGAUAACAUCUCUCAUGGCCUAAACUUAAAAAAGAGUCCUGUGCUGGAAUAUCUGUUUUUCCUGGCCCAGAUCCCCAUCGCUAUGUCUCCACUAAGUAACAACAGCCUUUUUCUAGAGUACGCCAAUAACCCUUUUCUGGACUUCCUCCAGAAAGGGCUGAGGGUCUCACUCUCUACAGACGACCCCAUGCAGUUCCACUUCACCAAGGAACCCUUGAUGGAAGAAUAUGCUAUUGCUGCCCAGGUCUUCAAACUGAGCACUUGUGACAUGUGUGAAGUGGCGAGAAAUAGUGUCCUGCAGUGUGGCAUGUCCCACGUGGAGAAAGCUAAGUUUCUCGGAGACAAUUACCUUGAGGAAGGCCCUCAUGGAAAUGACAUCCGGAAAACCAACGUGGCCCAGAUCCGAAUGGCCUAUCGCUUUGAAACCUGGUGUUAUGAACUCAACCUAAUUGCAGAGGGUCUAAAGGCAACAGAUUAAAAUCAAUAUAGCAACUCUUCUGUUCAGAUCAUCAUUUCUCUUGUAGAAGCUCUUAGGUUUGGUGUGGAAGUUGCCUACUCCUUCUCUAGAAAAAUAAGAAACAAGCCUUGAAAAGUAAUUUAUAACUGGGAAGAAAAGUUCUUUCUUAAUUCUGUUUUCUAUUCAUUGACAAGGAAACAUGCUCAAGGAUACCCCACCCAUCCCUGUAGCAUACUGGAAAAGUCAUCUUUUUGACAGGUUGUCAGGGCUGGUCUCACAGACAGGUUGUGUAGUGCAAUGUGGGUGUGUCCUUACUUUAAGAAAAUCCAGUGAGCAAAAAUCUGAACUUACAAAAGAAAUAUUUGUAAUUAUUAUAAAAAGUAAUUAGGGGGGCAGCUAGGUGGCGCAGUGGAUCAAGCACCAGCCCUGGAUUCAGGAGGGCUUGAGUUCAAAUAUGACUUCAGACACUUGACACUUACUAGCUGUAUGACCCUGAGCAAGUCACUUAACCCUCAUUGCCCUGUUUAAAAAAAAAGUAAUUAGGGUGUCCAUUUACUUCACAAAGGGUAAAAUUUUAUUGUUGGGUUUUUUUAAGUCACCACAGGUUCUCUUUCAGUAGUGACAGUGACCUCUAUAUUGAUACACCAAAAAUUAUUUAGUUAACAAAAUUAAGGCUACAGGAAACUUUUAGAAACUAGGGGAAGCACUUUUGUUUACUAUUUCCGUAACUACCUUUGCACACAUACAAGUGUGUUGCCCUCUACUGGUCAGAUGGAUACUUUUGUCUGAGUACAAUUGUCAGAAAAACAGACCAAACCCAAGAUGAGCAGAGGCUAAAGAAUUUUUUUUUCUUUCCUAAGCAAUUUUUCAUUUGUUUUGCUUCUGCAAUUUUGUGAUUCUAUGGAAAGACUACUAAUCGAUCUUAAAUUCUAUUGAACUUGCUACAAACAUCCUUCCAGUCUUUGCUAAUUUGUGUUAAAAAGGGGGCGGCUAGGUGGCUCAGUGGAUAAAGUACCGGCCCUGGAUUCAGGAGUUCCUGAGUUCAAAUCCAGCCUCAGACACUUACUGGCUGUGUGACCCUGGGCAAGUCACUUAACCCCCAUUGCCCUGCAAAAAACAAAACAAAACAACAGGUUUGGAUAGUGUAUGAUCCUAUUGUCCUAGCCUUAUUCUGGUUUUUUCUUUUCUUUCCCCUUCUUCCUUUUCUUUUCUUCUGAGCCUCGGUCUCCCUAUCUUAUCCUGGUUGGAAAUACAAUGGCCACUCAUAGAUUGGACUGUACCACUGAAAAGCCCAGCAGUUUCGACCUGCUCCAUUUCCCACUGGGGCUGGUUUGCCUCAAUUUAGGCAGCCUGGUGGCUGACACAUCAAUAUGGUACUCGGUACAGAUACCUGAUUGACUUUAGCCUGCUGCCAUCCUGGAACUCUGGGGUGCCAUCAAUCUACCAAUCAAAGCCUCUCUUUGGAAGAGGGAUUACAAGCAAAUGGUACCACACCCAGCUACUUUUUUUCCCCUUAACAUUAUUUCACAGAUAUACUUCCAUGUAUUAGCAUAGCCCACAUCCUUGUAUUUUCCAUGGCUAUGUGGUUCUUCAUUUUGUUAAUAUACUCAGCUGGUUAUUUGGUUAGAUUCCAGUUUUUUUUUUGAUUCAGGUAUAAUCAUUUUGUACAACCUGCUACCCUUUUUGGAAUGAGAAAAAAAGACAAGCAGUGUGGUGUUUAAGGCACUGGCCUUAGACUCAGGAAGACCUAUGUUCAGAUCCUGCCUCUGAUAUACAAUUGCUGUAUUUCCACGGACAAGUCACUUUUUACUGUCAAAUUGUAAGUUAAAGGUGAAUUGAAAGUUUGUAUGGUGUGGGCACGGUUCACAUUGCAUGAUGCCCAUACCUAUGAAAAUCACAGAUCCAGAUGAACCAUUAUACACACACACACACACACACACACACACACACACACACACACACACACACACACCUUCCUCCUGACAUUUAAAUGUCUGUGUGGUUCUUGAUAAAUCACUUUCCUUCAUUAUGCCUUACAAAAUACCAGAGACUGGCAAUCCCAUACACUUUCCCAAAGUGGAAUUCUCAUGUCAAAGGGGCACGUAAAUAUAUUUUAAAAAAUCAAUUUCAUGUUAGUAAAUGA